AUGAUCUCCAUCCAUCCUCCUCCAAGACUAAUACUAAAUCAUCAAACAUGGCUCUUCUUUUCCUUCAUCUUCUCGGCCACCUUCCUUUUCUCCCUCUCACUCUGUGAUCCUAGAAUAACAGUAUCUGGCCUCUACUGUGGAAGCUCAAAAUCUACACCCGCUUUCAUCCCAGCUUUUGUUAAAGAAAUGGAAAAUCUCUCACAACUCAUAACCACUACCCGUUUUGCCACUUACCAUCUCAACUACUCUUCCGCUCUCGGUAUUUAUGCAUUAGCUCAAUGCCACCAAGAUCUCUCCCAAACCGACUGCCUCCUUUGCUAUACUGCUUCUCGCACCAAGCUCCCUCGCUGCCUCCCUUUCCUCUCCGCCCGCAUCUAUCUUGAUGGCUGCUUUUUGCGUUAUGACAACUACAGCUUCUAUCAAGAAUCUGUCUCCUCCUCUUCUUUUGACACUGUCAAAUGUGGUAAUCAAAAUUUUGAUGAUAAGAAUCACAACGAUGUGGAGUUUCUUGCAGGUGUUGGCUAUGCUGUUGGUAAUGUAACGAUAAAAGCUGUGGAGAAUGGUGGGUUUGGAGUUGUCAAGGUUAAGGACAUUUAUGCCUUGGCUCAGUGUUGGCAUAGUGUUGGCAGAGAAGGGUGUAGAGGAUGCUUGGAGAAGGCUGGGAAGGCGGCGAGAGGGUGUGUGCCCAAGAGGGAAGGGAGAGGAAUGAAUGCUGGUUGUUACUUGAGGUACUCCACUACCAAGUUUUACAAUAAAGGGGGAGGUGAUACAGGGAAUGGUCAUCGUCAUGGAUUUUCUGGCGUAGGAAUCACCUUUGCCAUAGUUUUAGGAACUGCCGCAUUUCUCAUGCUAUCCUCCUUUGCAGUUUAUGCCAGCUAUGUAAGAUUGUUGAAGGCAAAACAAGAUAAGACUAAAAGCAGGACUGUAAAUUGGAAGCAGCGUUUUAAAAUAAUUCUUGGAACAGCAGAAGGGCUUGCAUAUCUUCAUGGGGGUUCUCAAGUAAGAAUAAUACAUAGGGACAUAAAAAGCAGCAACGUCCUUCUUGAUGAGAAUCUCAGUCCAAAGAUUGCAGACUUCGGACUUGUUCGGUGUUUUGGUGCUGAUAAAUCGCAUCUUAGUACUGACAUUGCUGGGACACCGUGCAAUGCCUUAAUGGAGAGCUCUGGAUCCCUCCUACAAACAGUAUGGCAGCUUUACAGAUCAAAUAGAUCGGUUGAUGCUGUUGAUCCUUGCCUCCGAGAUGAUUUUCCUGCACAUGAGGCAUCAUGUGUUCUUCAAAUUGGGCUGCUGUGCACGCAAGCUUCACCUGCCUUAAGACCAUCCAUGGCACAAGUCGUUCAUUUUUUGACGAAUAGUGACUGCGAAAUUCCUACGCCAAAUCAACCUCCUUAUAUGAAUACUUCACUACUAGAGUCUGGAAGUUCCAGGGUUUCUUAUAGCAGAAAAAGUUUGGUAUCAAAUGCGCCAACAGAAGUUGAAGCUUCGUCCGCUUCCUUAAGAGUCCUCUAG